CAGACGACAACACCUGCCGGAACAGUCAUUCCAAGCAACAACAACAACAACAAUAGCAACAACAGCAAUGGUAGCAGCAAUAGCAGUAGCAACAGUAGUGCCUUAAGCAGUUACGAGUACAAUCUUUCUGUUUGUUCCAGUUUGGGUUUGUUGCAGGUGAACGGACGCGACAACACUCGGUGCCAGGUGCCCGGCGGCCUGUUAAGUCCGGUUGACAGUCAAACGGGACUCUUUCCAAGUGUGUCGAGAGGGUUUUCUCACUCGAUCCCCGCGGCAUCAUCUCCUUUUUCCUCUGCCUCUUCUUCUGUCUCCACCCUCACCACUUCACCGGCACGCUACACCUCAAACCAGACUGGAAUUGGAUAUACUUCACUGGGCCAAGUGUCUGGUGAACAGGCUCUCGCUUAUUCGAGAUCACCGCAACCGCACCUUCAGAAUCCGGCCAAACUACCACUUCCUUCACACGCUCAACAACACAAUCUUCAUCAACAGCGUCAACACCACCAACACCAGCAGCACCAACAACACCAACAACAUCAACAGCACCACCAGCAGCAUUCACCCUCUUUUCAUCUGCAGGCCUCAACAGCCGGACUUGUCGGCUUCCCGACAUCUUAUUUGUCCACGACCGCCGACACAAGUCCCCUGGCAACCGGAGACUCCGUGUCUGCCGCCAGUCCCGAGUGUUCUGGGGAUCAGGUGGAUCCAAGUGGUGUUGGCCAGCCCGUCGGCUCGACGGCCGUGACCAACCAUUCGUCCCUGGCUCUCUUUUACACGCACCAAUUGUCCAACGACCAACACCAGCACAUGCUCCAGCACCAACCUUCGACGCAUCAUGUCCACACUGGACUCACUCAACUGCAUCCAGAGCGUGGCCAACUGUCACUUCAGCAACAGCUUCAUCAGUCUCUGCCACUUUCAGGCCAGUUACAAUUGCCUCAAUUGGCGCAAAGCCUGUCCGGUCACCCCGGCUCCAUACCGCCUCCCCACCAAUUGCAUCAACUCUCAGGCGGUUGCCAUGCCGGCAUUAGCACACCCGGCUCCAACCCGUCCAACAACGGAGGCAACCUUCGCGGUGGCAGUACUGCUGGGAAUAGUAACGGCGGCGGCGGCGGCGGCGGCAGCAGCAGCAGCAGUAGUAGUGCCAGUUUCGACAGUCCUUCGGGGAAUGGCUUUCCCGGACAGCCAGACGGCGUCGACCUCGGCUGGUCGCCUCCUCUGCCCGGCAAAAUGACCCCCAGCAGCGGUUCGGGCUACCAGACUCGACUAUCCCCUUUGCCGCUGGCAUCGCAUCAUCUGGUUGGCUCGUCUGGACACUGUCUUCUUCAGGAUCCCGUCAGUGGCAUGAUAUCUCCUUCGCCUCCGCAAGUGCGAACACACACACCCGGUAUGGGUCAUGCACACUCGCACACCCAAUUGCCUCCAGCCUCUUCCCUGCGCCCGGCCGGACUGAAGGCGCCAGUUCCCAACGGUGCCUAUUGCCUGAAUGCCGAUGCUACUUCAGAAGCACACCAGCAUUUGUCGCUCACGUUGGCCACCACAACCACGAGCGACUCUCCCUUUGGAUGCCUCACUUCGGGACUCGCGCUCUCGCCGUUGCUCGGUCUUGAGGCAGCCACAAAUGUAAAAGUCGAAGGUCUGCUUGACGCGAUGGCUGUAGGCGGUGGUGAUGUGAUGCCGGUGCACUCGGAUGCAAGUGCACUAAUGAGCGGCCAGAUAUCCGCGAAUUAUGGGCCGCGAAUCGGCUCUAGGCAAGGAUUCAACCCAACUCCGGAGGAAGAGGAGGAUGAAGCCGAAGAAGAGGUAGAAGAGGAAGAGGAGGAAGAGGAUGACGAUGACGAAGAAGAU